AGGAGUGGAAAGACGUCAAUACAGCAGGUUCUCUUCAACGAUGUGGUGCCAAAGCAGACGUUCUACUUGGAGCCGACGUCCCGUAUCGUGAAACACACUUACGACACCGUAAUCCCACUGGAGAUUUGGGACUGCCCUGGGAACACUACUCUGGAAACACUCGGCGCUCCUCUCUCGUCCUUCUCUUCUAUCAUCUUUGUAAUAGAUAUCCAGGAUUCUUACCAGCAUCCUAUCGCUCGUCUCCUCGAUUUCUUUAUAGCGGCGUAUCACGACAGCCCAGGAACAAGUCUUGAAGUGUUUGUGCAUAAGGCGGAAGCGUUUACGGAGGACUACAAGAUUGAAAACUUUCGACAUAUCCAGCAACGCUUUUGGGACGAGUUGCUCGAUACCUCGUACGACUAUGAGCAGAUGCUCGUCAACUUCUACCUUACGUCCGUCUACGAACAUUCAAUACACGACGGCUUCUCGCGGGUUUUGCACAAAUUGAUCGACUCGUUGCCGUCCAUCGAAGAGUUACUCAACACCUUCUGCACGAACUCACAGGCGUCCAAGGCAUUCUUGUUUGAUGUCAAGUCGCGGCUAUACGUCGCCACAGAUGCCUCACCCGUGGAUAAUGGGACCCACAACCUGUGCUGCGAUUAUGUGAAAACCCUCAACGUGUUCGGACCUCUGUAUCGGUAG